UAUCGUGGGGAUACCUGCUUGAAAACAGCUCAAAUGGACUCGUUAAUUGGAGUAUAUAUAGAAUGUCGCGCAUGCGACAACAACAGAACGAUCUGAACAAUCUAUGUAGCAGUACAAUAUAUGUCCUUUUCCGAUGUGAUUCAUUGUGACUAAUAUAAAGAUGAGUUUAAGAGAGGCUGUAGCUCUAUUGUUGAUAUUCUAUUUGGCACAGGUGGACGGAAAUUCCGUGUUAAAUGUUACGGGUAUUAGACUACCAGGAGGAAGUGGGACAUAUGAAGGACGUGUGGAAGUAAAUGUGAAUGGUGUUUGGGGAACAAUAUGUCACAAUUCGUUUGAUAUGAGAGACGCUAGAGUUUUGUGUAGAAUGAUGGGACUAUCAGCGACAACAUUUUUCACCGGAGCACAUUUUGGACAAGGCAUUGGUCAAAUAUUUGCACAAGAGCUCAGAUGUGGCGGACAUGAACAUCAUAUAAACCAAUGUUCUUUUGUUUCUAACGUGCAUUGCACACAUAGCUCCGAUGUAGGAAUCAUGUGCACAGGCUGUGGAGAAAUAGGUAUUACAAAUGGAAAGGUAGAGACCAUAUCUGCCAAUGGUACAGUGUUGUCAAUAUCUUGUUAUUCCGGGUAUUCUUCAAAUACAAACAUGUCUUCGUGUUUGAGUAAUGGAACUUGGUCUGUAUCUAAGAUAACCUGCAUAUCAUCAGGUUACCCAUUAAAUAUAUCUGGAUUAAGAUUAGCAAACGGCGUAGGUUUCCAUGAUGGUCGUAUAGAGAUUCUUGUUAAUGGUGUUUGGGGAACGAUAUGUGGUAACUCAUUUUCAACUAAUGAAGCUGAUGCAUUAUGCAAAAUGUUGGAAUUUAGUGGCAGAUUUAGACACUCUUAUUAUAGUUAUCCAUAUGGGAUGGGACAAGGGCCGAUAUAUCUGAGUAACCUUGAUUGUUCAGGCACGGAAACGCACAUCAAUAACUGUACAUAUACAGUAAACCACUCGUGUCCUCAUUAUUAUGACGCUUCUGUAGUAUGUAGGUAUACCCGAAACGUCACGGAUAUUCGUCUAGUAAAUGGAACUGGGCAAUAUGACGGCCGAUUGGAAAUUAAAAUGAAUAACACCUUUGGAACUAUUUGCAAUAGAUACUUCGACAAAUACGACGGUGCUGUACUCUGCAAGAUGCUAAAUCUGAAGUAUACACACCACUUCACAACUGCUUUAUAUGGGAGCGGCACUGGUCCGAUAUACAUAGAACGAUUAUUUUGCUCAAGCAGUCAUAAUCAUAUAAAUGACUGCUCUUUCUACCCAGCUGAUCGUUAUAACUGUGCCAACAAUAGGAUUCUAUCAUUAGUAUGCACGGAAUGCGGUGUCCCUGAUAUAGGAAACGCUGUUGUAUCAUCAUUUAAUGGUACAGUCCUGCUAGCGACUUGUGCAAGUGGUUACGUUCCAGAUACAAUAAGAUUACAAUGCCUAGAAAACGGAACAUGGAUACGGGACGACAGAUGCAAACUUCCUUACGAUUUUCCACUUAAUAUAACAGACGUUCGUCUCAUUAACGGUUAUGGGUCAUACGAGGGAGUUGUACAGUUUAAAGUAAAUAAUCAAUGGGGAUAUGUUUGCUACAACGACUUUGGUGACCCUGCUGCGAAAGUAGUGUGCAGUAUGUUGGGUUAUCAGUUUGUGAGGAAAAAUGUAUGGUCAACCAGUACUAAAAGGUACCCAGAAUAUAUCGAUCAGCCCAAGUGCAAUGGCACAGAAUCACAUAUCAACGAAUGUACUUAUACGAUACCAUAUUCUUGCCCAUCUGUUCGUUAUGCUCACGUUGAGUGUACAGGUUAUCAAUUGAACAUUUCUGGAAUAAGACUGGCAGGGACUUCAGGACCUUAUCAUGGCCGUGUUGAAAUAGAGGUUAAUGGUACAUGGGGAACAAUAUGUGAUCGAUACGUUUACGAAGACGAAUCAUAUGCGAUAUGCCAAAUGCUUGGUCUUGAGAGUUACAACUAUUACCACAAUGCAUAUUAUGGUGAGGGUAGCGGACCAGUUUACAUUGACAAACUAGAUUGUUAUAGUCGGCAAAAACAUAUAAAUGAUUGCAGGUAUGUUACGGAACAUACUUGCCAACACAGAGACGAUGUAUCCGUGAUGUGCUACGGUCCGAAACUUAAUAUUACUGAUGUGCGACUGGCCAAUGGAACUGGACCUUUUGAUGGUCGAGCUGAAAUCAAGGUCAAUGAUACAUGGGGCACUAUCUGUGAAAACAACUUUAACAUAAACGAUGCUGAUACAUUUUGCAACAUGCUUGGCCUGAAGGGCGCACAAUAUUUCACCGGUGCAACACACGGCGAAGGAACAGGUCCUGUGCAUGUUGACGAAUUAUUUUGCAGUAGUAACGAUAUCAACCUGAGUGACUGUAGAUAUUUGUUUCGAAACAUGUGCAAACACGACAGAGACGUGUCUGUAGUCUGUAAUGAUUGUGGACAACCGGAUAUAUACUACUGGGAUGUUGGUUACUUUAGCUACAAUGGAACAACACUUUAUGCCGAUUGUUCUUACUACAGAACAUAUAUAGGAACGCUGAAAAUGACAUGUGAUAACGUAACAAAAUCAUGGGUGACUGAAGGUGAAUGUAAGGAAUACAAAUUUCCUUUGGAUAUAACGGAUAUUCGAUUAGCUGGUGGUACUUUGCCAAGUAAUGGUCGAGUUGAACUUAAGGUUAUGGACACAUGGGGAACAGUUUGUGAUAAUUAUUUCGGAAAAGAAGAAGCUGAUACAGUUUGUCGGAUGAUUGGUUAUGCGCCUGCAUAUGAAGUUUAUUCUGGAGCUUAUUUUGGAGAAGGGAAAGGUCCGAUCUUUAUUGAUGAUCUCAAUUGUCUUCCAACCGCUUCACAUUUGAAUAACUGUACAUACGUUACCUAUGAUAACUGCGAUCAUUCCAAUGAUGUUUCGGUCGUGUGUACUGAUUGUGGAGAUCCAACACCAGUAAACGGGAACAUCAAUUCGUCUAAAACAAGCUAUGGAACUGUUGUUAAGGUUUCUUGUAAUAAUGGAUAUUUGCUUCUUGGAGAUGCGGUAAUAACUUGCCAGCUUAAUAACAACUGGACCGAUGUGCCGUCUUGCAAGUUAAUAGAUUGUCAAGACCCAACUCCGCCAAAUGGACAAAGUAACACUACUGACACUACUAAUGGAACAGUAGCUAAGAUAACGUGUGAUACUGGCUAUAAUUUGUCAGGCAAUGCCAUUAUUACAUGUCAGUCUAAUCAAACAUGGACAUACUAUCCAUCCUGCAACAUAGUUGACUGUGGAAUGCCCUCGCCCGUUAAUGCAAAAGUCACACUCUCAGAGAACAAAACAACAUACGGGGAAAUAGCCGUCAUCAGCUGCAAUAUAGGCUAUAGACCAGAUGGAAGCACGCCUGUGACUUGUUUAGCAAAUGGCACAUGGGAGACAUGGCCCCCAUGUAAUAUCAUAGAUUGUGGUGAUCCAACACCUAAAAACGGUAACAGAAAUUCCACCGACACAAUUUACGGCUCAGUAGUAUCAAUUACAUGCGAUCAUGGAUUGAAUAUCACAGGCAAUUCUACAAUCAUAUGUCAAGCUGACGGUACUUGGAGUGAUAACCCAGUUUGUGACGCUUCUGAUUGUGGUUUACUGUCAGUACCAAACGGCAAAGUAAAUGCAUCUUCCGGUACAACUGUGGGAUCUUCAGCUUUUGUGACAUGUAACGAGGGUUAUACUUUGGAUGGGUCCCCCAUGGUUGUCUGCACGUUAGAAGGGUGGAAUAGUAGUGUCUCCUGCCAGAAGCAAGAUUGUGGUGAUCCAACACCAGACAAUGGAGAAAGAGUUGAUAGCGGUGGAACUGACUUUGGCAGCAGUGCAACUAUAGAAUGUAACACUGGGUAUGAACUUAUAGGGAACAACAUUAUUACAUGUGACGACGGUGGUGUAUGGAGCGAUAAUCCUCUGUGUGAAAUAAAAGAUUGUAAAAGUCCUGAAAACUUACCAGAAAAUGGAAAAUGGGAUGACUCUGAAGGAACACAGUUCGGAGCGACAAUAUAUUUUGUAUGCGAUGACGGAUUUCUUCUUGUUGGAAGUACAUCAAUUACCUGUAAAAGUGAUGGGGAAUGGAGCUCAUUACCGCCUUCCUGUUUAGAAAAAUCAAAUAUAGGCGGUGCCUGUGUUAACAAUGAUUAUUGUAAAACCGAGAACGCCGAGUGUAUCAAACAUGUUUGCUCAUGUGUGUCUAGAAUACAUGACGAAAAAUCAAAUAAAUGUAAUAUAAUGCCUUUAUUACCGUAUGGACAUGAGUACAAAGAUACUGCAGUACAAAAGAGUAGCAUUUGUGGAGAAAAGAUAUCUUUUGCUCCGGGCAUUCCAUUGUUUGAUAAAAUGCAUAAAGAGUUAUAUGUAUGUUCAAAUGGUAUUAUAAGCUUUGAUAGUAAAUAUACAAAUCCAACACCUCCGAGGAACAGAGACGGUGUUUCUGAGUUUGCUAAUAGAACACUUGUAGCACCAUUCCAUGCGCCAAUCAAUUCAUCAUCGGGAUCUGUUUUCUACCGCAUCUAUGACAUUCAAAACAAUUACAAAAUGAUGAAAGAAGAUAGAGAGUCUCAGUAUAGUUUGGUUACGUACCUCGAAAACAUAGUGACAACAUUUGGAGACAUUGAUAAGUUUGAUGCCAGUUUUGUACUGCUAGCAACUUGGGACUCUAUGAAGGCAUCUAACAAUGAUUACGAUAAAACAAAGGCCUCUACAUUUCAAGCAGUAAUUAUUUCGGACGGUUCCGUAACAUUUUCUUUAUUCAUUUACGGCCAUGAUUUAAUGCAAUGGAGAUAUAAGGGAACCCAGAACCCGGCAAUUUGGGUUGGAUAUGCAAUAAAUCAAACUAAACCGUAUACCCAUCCAUUUUCGUUUUCUGACUUAUCACUUGGACUUGAGUCUGUAGAGCAAAGUUUGCCUUCAUCGUUUGACGGAGUAUCUGGUUUGAUAUUCAAACCAUUGUCAAGUGUGACUGACUCCAAACCAAACUAUGCUGUUGAAUGUAUCACAUGGUACAACGCAAAUCAAAAAGAGAAACAGAAAAAUGACAUUAUAGCAAGUCGACUUCCUGAUUGUCCUUGUGACAUAUGGUUAUCAAGGUUUGAUCCAUGGUUUUGGAAUAUUAGAAGGUGGUUGCAGACACCUUACACAUGCGUUGACAUGUUUCCUGGACAAAUAUACCAGCCCUAUGGAAAGUCAUGCUGUUACGACCUAUCAACAUGGCUUUGGACGGACAGACGGCCUGUGGCAGGCAGCUUUUAUCGGUAUCACCCAAAACAUAAUUUGGAUCAUUAUAUAAACGACAUAUAUCCAAAAGAAGUCUGCUGUGAGCUGUCCAACUACUGUAACCUUUUCUACGAAUUACGCCCUACUGGAGCGUGCUACAGACAUUCGCCCUAUGACUUUGGAAUAUUUUGGGGCGAUCCUCAUUUCCGAACAUUGGAUGGUCUAAACUUUACAUUUAAUGGCCUAGGAGAAUACACUCUUCUCAAAGUUCAAACAGAAAAUAUUUCCUUUGAUCUCCAAGCAAGAACGGAACGAGCAAGGAAACAAGAUGGGUCUCUGUCUGAGGCUACAGUUUUUAGUGCGUUCGCUGCAAAAGACUCUUCCGGUGCCACUUUUCAUGUAGAAAUGAACAAGGCCAAGAAUGGUCUAAAUCUCUACGGAAACAAUAUAGAUUUGACUGAUCAGUACAAUUCCCAUAAUGACAACGAAACAUCUUUCUCAUAUACAACCGACGAGGAAAACCUUGUUUUAUCAAAAAGGAAUGGAACACUUAGUGUAUUGUUUCCAUUGAGUGGUAUAUCAUUGAACAUAUCCGCUAGCGUGGAAAUGUUAUCCCUCAACACUAUAGUUCCUCAAACCUUACAUAAUGUAACAACUGGCCUACUGGGUAAUUAUGACGGAUUAUCUAGUAACGACUUCAUGAUGCCAAACGGGACUGUUCUGUCGCAAGAUAUAUCAGAAAGAGAAGUGUUUGCUUACGGAAAAACAUGGUCAAUUAACGUCAAUGAUUCUGCAUUUAUAUAUGAAGAAGGAACCACACAUUUUGAUUACCAUAAUGUCAGUUAUGUUCCAAGAUUCUUAGAUGAAGUUGACGAAGAAACAAGGAAAGAUGCAGAAAAAGUUUGCAACGGAUCACAAAAUAUUGAGUGUAUAUUUGAUCUUGUUUUCACCGAGAAGACAGAAAUAGCCGAGGAAGCGAAUCGUAUCAAGGGACAAGCUGAUGCAACUCGUGUUGAACUUGAUGAAACAGUUCCAAACUUACUGGGAUGCGCUAUAGUCAAUGUAACAAAAGGAGGUGACGUUAGUUGUAAAGUGACAUUAGAUGAAGGGACAAACAUUUACUUCAAUGAAAAUAACGUCAAUGCUACACUUGAUAAUGUAACAUCGACCGUUUCAUUUAAGCAAAUAGAUGAUUACCCAUCAUUGGUUCGAUUUUCCGCCAAAAAUGCAAACGAUAGAUAUUCGCCUUCAUUUAUUAUAAGUAUCAUAUUAUGCACUGAAUGUAAUGGGAAAGGCUACUGCACGGACGAAAUACGUGAUGAUCCCCGGGAGACCGAAUACUUUAAAUACGCAACUUGCGUCUGCAAACCAGGAUACGAAGGAUUGGAUUGUGAGAGAGAAUUUGAUGCUUGUUCAGAAAAUCCAUGUUCAUUAGGAAGAAAUUGUACAAGCAAUCCAGUUGCAGAACAGUUAGAAAAUGGAAAAGGUUACACGUGCGAACCAUGUCCACUGGGAUUUAAUCCUCUUGAUAAGAACAAUGAAGAGUGUUUAGAUAUCGAUGAAUGUCACCAUAGUGUGUGUGAUCAUAUUUGCACAAAUACUGACGGGAGUUACCAGUGCAGUUGUGAAGCAGGAUUCAGAGUUGAUGUCAAAAAUAUGAGCAGAUGUCGAGACAUAAACGAGUGUGACGAGGCCAGACACAACUGCUCACACAUUUGUAACAACACAAAUGGAGGGUUUACCUGUCAAUGCCAUCCUGGUUAUAUUUUCAAUACUUCGUCGUGGAAAUGUGAUGCCAGUCCCGACGAUAGUGACUCAUGUAGUGAAGAUGACGUAAAUAGAUGCAAUGAGACUUCCGGAUGUGUAAAAGAAACAGACGGCGUUAGUUGUUUCUGUGAGUCUGGGUAUGAGCUUGAUGAAACCGGCGAACGAUGUAAAGAUAUUGAUGAAUGCGAAAGAAGUGUCUGCCCGCAGGAUUGUAAAAAUACAGAUGGAAGUUUUGAAUGCAAAUGUCUCAUUGGAUACGAGUUACAAGGGAAAACAACAUGUAAAAGGUGCGUUGUCCCUAAUUGGGGUGAAAACUGUUCAAAGAAAUGUGAAUGCAGUGGUCAAGGUGCCGAUCGAUGUGACCCUGUUAAAGGUUGUAUAUGUCUACCUGGAUGGACUGGUGAAAAGUGUAACAUCGAUAUAGAUGAAUGCAGAGAUAUCGUUGGUGAUAUCUGCAAAGACUCCCGAAAGAAAUGUGUGAACAAUCAAGGAUCAUACAGCUGUAGAUGUAUAAAGGGAUUUAUUGAAUCCUUCGAAGGAACGUGUAACGAUUUUGAUGAAUGCUUAAACCCAGUUACAAAUGAUUGCACACAGUCAUGUACAAAUACUGUCGGUGGAUAUACGUGUGGGUGUCACAAAGGAUUUUCGAAAAUUAACGAAACACAUUGUAAAGAUAUCGACGAAUGCACUCUCGGAACAGCAGGGUGUGAACAGUUUUGUGAAAAUAGUCCCGGCCAUUACAGCUGUUACUGUUACUAUGGUUACACACUUAACGAUGAUAGAAAAACGUGCUUAAAACUACAAGAUCCAUGUAAGGUGAUAAAUGGCCUUGACUGUUCUCAUUAUUGCUAUGUGAAGGAUGGUACAUUUUCCUGCAAGUGCCGUAAAGGCUUCAAACUACUCCCAGACAACAAGACAUGUAUAGAUAUAAACGAAUGUAGUGAAAAUGUCUUAAAUGAAUGUUCAGUUGGUUCCAAAUGCAACAAUACUAAUGGAUCGUACGUUUGCCAGUGUCCUAUCGGAACAAAACUUGAAAAUGACGGACGUACUUGUUCUGUAUGUGAUGAGUUUCAUUUUGGAAUUGGGUGUUCAAAGAGUUGUAGUUGUCUACAUGGUCAUUGCGACAAGAUAGAAGGAUGUAUUUGUACAGCUGGUUGGGAAGGCGCUAACUGCGACAUUGAUAUAAAUGAGUGUACAAGGAAUGCCAAUGUUUGUAAAGGUGAUCACAUUGAGUGCAUCAACACACCCGGGAGUUCUGUUUGUAAAUGUCAGACAGGAUUUCACAACGUCUCUGGACAUUGCAAAGACAUAGAUGAAUGUCAGGAUAGCACUUUAAAUAAGUGCGAUCAAAACUGCAUCAACAAUAAUGGCAGCUACUCAUGUGCCUGCGAGACUGGCUUUGUAUACCGUGAUGAACAAUGUGAAGAUAUUAACGAAUGUAUAUUGAGUGAUAGAUGUGAUCAAAUAUGUGAAAAUACCGUUGGAAGCUACAGGUGUAUGUGUGAACCAGGAUUCAGCCUGGAUCUGACGGAUAGAAAGUCAUGUAUAGUGAACAACCAAUGCAGAAAUGAAACCAAUACGUGCGGGGAUCAUGCAACAUGUUUUAUCGAAAACGGACAGCGGGAUUGUAUAUGCAGCAAGGGGUUUGAGAAAAAUGGAUCAACGUGUGAAGAUAUUGACGAGUGUGAAGAUGCAAAUGGAAUGUGUACUCAGAUUUGCAACAACACCCUUGGUAGCCAUAUAUGCAGCUGUAACGUUGGCUUCAUCUUGAUGAACGAUGGAAUAACAUGUCAAGCAUGUUCAGAGGGAAUGUUUGGACAGGGGUGUAAAGAAAUAUGCAUAUGUAACACAGCAAAUACGAAAACAUGUGAUAACGUAGAUGGAUCUUGUACAUGCCAUCAAGGCUGGGAAGGCAGGAAAUGUGAUGAAGACACAAAUGAGUGUAAAAGUAACACUGACAAUUGUCCAGAAAACUCGGAAUGUGAAAAUAGUGUAGGAAGCUACAGCUGCAAAUGCAAUUCUGGUUUCACAAUGGGAAGCAAUGGAUUAUGCAUAGACAUUGACGAGUGUAAACUGGAAGAGUAUCCUUGUACACUAGACAUCUGUGAAAAUACUGCCGGAAGCUACGAGUGUAAAUGUAACAUCGGUUUUGCAGAAAUAGAAAAUCAGUGCUUACGGUGUAAGAAUAACACGUUCGGUGAAAACUGCUCGAAAACCUGCGGAUGUAACGGAGAACAUUCUGUGAACAAAUCCCAGACGUGUGACAUCGCCACAGGCAAAUGUAUGUGCCAACCAAACUGGCAAGGUGAUGCGUGCAAUGACGAUGUUGAUGAAUGUGAGGAAAAAUCGAUAUGUAAAGAUAACGAUAAUACUGUCUGUGCUAAUUAUGAUGGCGGAUAUUCCUGCAAUUGUGAACACGGUUAUAAAGAGUACCCUGGUACAAUUUGCAUAAAAGAAUCGCCAAUAAUGAUAGAUCUUACAGUGAAUAUGACUCUUAAAAAUCCACCUGUAAUAUGUUCAGGUAACAACACGGAUCUUUACAAUCACGCGACGACCAGUCUUGGUGAAUUCUAUAGCAUGUAUACAAAGGCUGAUGUCAAUAUUUUUGUGACUAAAUUUAGUUGCAGUCCAGAUGUGUCCCGUAGAAUAAAGACUAUACGUUCAAAGAUAUUGUUGGAGAUAAGUUACACGGUGAGUUACAACGUAGAUGACAAAGAUGUUGCUUCGGAACUGACAGCCGCCACUAUUGAACUAACAAAUGGAGCUAAUCUUACUUUUGGAGGAGUAUUAGUCUUUGUUAUAGCAGUAAAUGUGAAUAGUAAGGAGCCUUGUGAUGUUUACUUAGAGACUCUAGGAAAAUGUGCUGACGGCUUCAGAUGUGAAAUUGAAAAUGAAAGACCAAUUUGCAGACCAAGCAGUUCAAGUGUUAACCUAGCAAUGAUAAUCGGUGUUGCAUGUGGUUUCUUCAUUCUGUUGUUGGUAAUCAUUAUUAUGAUCAGAUGUCUUAGACAGCGAAAUCAAAGAAAAAAGGAUGACCUCAGGAUGCAAAAAGAACUGACAACUGCUUCAGACCUUGGAAAGAAGCUUGAAAACGUGAACAAACGGCAGCAAAAUGUCUACAAUGUGUUAAAUUGGCAGACUGUGGCAGACAUUGAAGAUAAGACCGAUAACAAGUCUAAUAUUUACAUGACCUGGAAAUCAAUAGCUUCAAGAUUCACCAUGUCAUCUGAAAGUGACUCUAAAAGUGAUGGGCAAUUCCACAUUCCUCGAGCUAGAAUGAGGCCAUCUCCUUGUUCAAAUCCGGACUACAUAACACCAAGAGACUUCUGAACCUGUUGGAACCUGUUCUUUUAAUAUGAGUUCAUGAAUAUAUAGAGGCUAUUC